CAAUUGAAGUAGCUGCUUCAUUUAGCUUAUGCAAACCGACAUCACAAUGUUAGGUUGGGAAGGCACAUAGCCGAGACGGGAGAGAACAGGAAGCUGACCACUUAGAAAUGCCUUGAUUCCCACCCGUUUGCAUGUAUGGGGAAGAGAUAGGACACUCGUUUCGAUCUUGUUCACUUCGCUUUUGCUAUUCAUUCCUUCCUUUUUUCCCGCUGGCUCAACGUCGCCUCCUAGGCAGAUAUGGUGAACGCUGGCGGCAUGCCGCCGGCUGACAUGUCGAACGUAGACCCAGGGCUACAGCCUGUACUAAUCGCUUUGUUGUAUCUUUUCCCCUUCCUUGCACUGGCUGUGCUCGUUGUUAGGUUCUGGAGGAAGUGGACGGAUAAGCUCCUCGGAGGAGACGACGCACUGAUUGCUCUGGGAUGGGUUCUCUGCCUAGGAAACAGUGUCAUCACACACUUAUGUGAGUCACUUGUUGAGAUAUUAAGACCAUGUAAUAACUAGUGAGUUCGUAGUUGUCAAAGCGAUGUACACUGGAUAUCGCAGUAAAGAUGUCCCCU